UGAUUUAUAAAUAGCCAUCCUCUCAAAUUAACUUUGAAAAGACAGGACAAUCUAACAGCUAAUCAUUAUUCACCCUCCCACCUGUUUAAACAUUUCAAAUAUCACCUAAGUCCAGUAACUCAAAAUGGGACUUUCUGCUCUUAUGCUCCUUUAGGGUCGAUUAACAUAGCACAAAUCACUAUUGGCUGCAGUAGAGUGUAAGGUGACCCUCCUGGUUCUCAGCAGAGUGGAUAGGGCAGUUGUCUUAGCCCAGAGGAGUUAAUAUGAUGUGUUUUAUUGAUAUAAAGCAUGUUACUCACCAAAAGGUUAAUGCAGAUGUUCUUGAAUAUAACAGGAAGUCAGCCGGAGAGUCACCAAGGAAACAAAGACAUGGGCAGAGAGAUAUUCAAGAAAUUGAGUGAAUAAAAAGCAUCAUCUUCAUCGUACACAUACAAGCCAAAACAAAUCUGUUACAACUUGGAUGAUGGAACCUUCUCAGUCAGAGAUGAACAUCUUAUUCAACGGGAAAAGUCAUGACCUCGGAGGUGACAUGGGUGUACCAAUGAAGAUGUUACCAGAGGAGGAUCACAAUGGCACACAAACAGUCAGAUUUGAUGAUCCUGAUGGAGGACUGGAGAAUGAGGAAUUUCUGCCCAAUGCAGAUGGAAAGAAACCUAUUCGCUUCACAGAUUUUGAAGGAAAGACCUCAUUUGGCAUGUCUGUCUUCAACCUGGGUAAUGCCAUUAUGGGCAGUGGAAUCCUGGGAUUGGCGUAUGCCAUGGCCAACACUGGCAUACUCCUCUUCUUGUUUCUUCUGACUGCAGUAGCAGCCUUGUCAUCUUACUCUGUUCAUCUGCUGCUCAAAUCCUCUGGCAUUGUGGGAAUUCGAGCUUAUGAACAGCUGGGGUAUAGGGCCUUUGGCACUCCUGGAAAAAUGGCUGCUGGUAUAGCAAUCACGCUGCAGAAUAUUGGAUCUAUGUCCAGCUACCUGUACAUUGUUAAAUCUGAGUUGCCACUGGUCAUCCAAGCUUUCCUGAAGGCAGAUCCCAACUCUGAUCUGUGGUACUUGAAUGGAAACUACCUAGUCAUCAUGGUCUCUGCCUGUGUCAUCCUGCCCCUGGCUUUAAUGAAACAGCUCGGUUACCUUGGCUACACCAGUGGGUUUUCUCUCAGCUGUAUGGUGUUUUUUCUCUCUGUGGUUAUCUAUAAGAAGUUUCAGAUUCCUUGCCCAUUCGAGGAGUAUUCAACCAACAGUACUGCUGCCCACCUCAGCCUGAAUGUCUCAAGCCACGGCAACGAGUACACCAAUAAUCUGGUUCACGAGGACGAUGACUCCCAAUGCUCCCCAGGAUUGUUCACCAUCAACUCACAGACAGCAUACACCAUUCCCAUCUUGGCUUUCGCCUUUGUUUGCCACCCUGAGGUCCUCCCCAUCUACACUGAGCUCCGCAAUCCAACGCAGAAGAAGAUGCAGAAGGUGUCCAACAUCUCCAUCUUUGUCAUGUACACCAUGUACUUUCUGGCAGCUCUCUUUGGCUACUUGACCUUUUAUGACAAUGUGGAGCCUGAACUGCUGCACACUUACAACCGGAUUGAUCCUUACGACACUUUGAUCCUGUGUGUGCGAGUGGCCGUCCUUACGGCUGUGACGUUGACUGUCCCUAUUGUGUUGUUCCCUGUACGCAGAGCCAUCCAGCAGAUGGCAUUCCCCACCAAGUCUUUCAACUGGUUGCGUCAUAUUGCCAUUGCAAUCAUUCUGCUCACCAUCAUCAACAUGCUGGUGAUAUUUGCUCCCAACAUCCUGGGAAUCUUUGGCAUCAUUGGUGCCACGUCAGCUCCAUGCCUCAUUUUCAUCUUCCCUGCUGUCUUUUAUAUCCGCAUUGUUCCAAAAGAUGAGGAACCGAUGAACUCUACUCCUAAGAUACUGGCUGUUUGUUUUACUGCUUUGGGUGUCUCCUUCAUGGUGAUGAGUCUGAGCUUUAUAAUCAUCGACUGGACAACGGGGAGUGGCCAUGCUGCAGGAGGCCACUAGAUGCUGCUUUGGUGUGUUUGAGGUCUGAAAGGGGGAAACAUAAUUAGUUUAUGUAAAGGGAGCACUAUCAUCUCAUUGGGAACACACUGCAACACUAUUGGUUGGAAUCACACUGGUAAUAAUCGAGUUAAAUUAACUUUUUCCCUGUAAAUUAACACAUAUCUGAACAAACAAAAUCAUUGCGUAACAGCGUUCUAUAAUUGAGUUUAACCAUGCAAUUUUUCUGAAUAAUCAGGACUAAACAGGGUCUUUUUUUAUUACCAUUUGCUAGUGCAACUUAGUCCACCAUGAUGGUGAAGUGGGCCUUUUCUGUUGCUUCCUCUUUAUUUAGACACAAACAACUGCAGCUGGUACUGUACAGAAAAAAGAAGGCAUGGUUGUCUGUUGACGGGAAGGCAUCAUGAUAUACAUGAGAUAUUACUCAUGCUAUUUAUUACACAAAAAAUAAUUAUUUUGUACAAAAGAGGACAGGUAUAUGAUAUCAUCCUGAGCCAGCUGCAAUCUGAACUGUUAAUAUUGAUGUAAUAUACAAAACAAAAAAGGGGUUUAAGGCCUUAGUAUGCUGGCAACAUUUCACAUCAUGAUCUGUUGAGUUGUUAUGUAGUGUAUCAUACAAAGAUUUUGUUCCAGAUCAGCUAACUCUCUUUGGAAACCCUGGUGCCUUUUAGCAUUUGGAACAGCACACAAACACACAGCGAAAUAUAUAUAUUUCAAAUGGACAAUAUUUUACUACUGUAUAUGAUGAAGUCAGUGAUUCAAAUAUAUUAUGUAUAGUAUCAGUUUUUGCUUAGCUUAUAGUAGCCUAACAGUAUACAAAUGAUGGAAGGAGUUACGACUGAAUAUAUUUAAUUUUUUUUAUAAAAUAGAAACAGCUUGAUUUUAGGAUUUCGUCCCUCCCUUUGUAGAACUUUUAGCACACAUAUGCCAAACUAAAAUUCCAAACUAAAAUAAAUUCUUGAUAACCCCUUUUAAAUUUCUCAUUAAGUGUUUUAUAAAUUCAGAAAUCACUUUCAUCCACACGGUACGGUCAUAUUACAUUUUCUGUAUCUACAUGUUCCAACACUUAAUAGACGUUUUGUGAUGCCCACAUCGAGUAAAAAGUUCAAUCUUAAAUUAAAGGAAGAGUUUGGGGAAAUACACUUAUUCGCUUUCUUGCAGAGAGUUAGAUGGGAGUAUUGAUACCACUCUUGUAUCUAUGUGUAAUAUACAACUGCAGCCAGGAGACGAUUAUUUUAGCUUAGCAUAGAGACUGGAAGCCGGGGGAAACAGGUAGUCUGGCUCUGUCUGUCCAAAGGUUAAAAGCCUACCAGUACUCUAAGCUCACUAACACUUAAUAUCAGGAAGUCACUUACCUGUACUGAAAUAUGGUUUCCAGCCAUUCAGGUAGUUGUGAUUGUACUUGCUCCGGUUUUGAGAUACACUAUAAUGAUAAAAGUAGGUGGACACCUUAGCAUGUACAUAUCUAAAAACCUAUGCAAAUACAACCAAAAUCCAGUUAAUUUGUUUUUAUAAUUUGUGUGAACCCACUAAAGCUCUAUGGGUUUAAACCAUGGCUGGCCAAGCAACAUGAAUUUACAAAGAUGAACCCACUGGUGGCUCUGGCAGAGUUUAACAAGUUAUUUUUUAUUAAUUUGAAGAUGUAUUAUGCUUUUGUGAUUCUGUCGUAAUGUCUUUACCAUACUGGUUUGUAGUAUUUUGAUCUGCUUUCACCCUUGUUGACUAUUUAGACUUGAGGUCUAUGUUUUGCAUGUUGUUAUGUCCACUCUGUCCUGUAGUUGGUAUAGUGAACACAGACAUUUUCCUCGUGACACGGUCACACAUAGAUGUUAUUGUAAUACUGUACAUUUAUCAUCUUACAGUGAAGUGUAUUGAAGUCCCAUUCUGUGCUAUAGUUAAUAUAGUGUUAUAUUAGUAUUAUGAAGCCCAUCUUAAAUGAUGCUACAUGAAAUAAUGUUUCAAACAUUAAUGUUAUGAGUUUCUGUCAGUUAUGACAAAUAGUUGUAAGAUUAAUUUAGGAAUGUGGAUAGAUUCAUUCAGUAAUUCUCCAGGUGAAUUUUGAGUCUCACAAUAGCACUACAACCUGCAUCCACAUAAGUGAACUUUUUUUUUUUUUUUUUACAGAGAACAGGAGUAUUUCAUUAUUUAGAAAUCACAAAUGAAUAAGUUUAAAAACAGCACAAAGGGUUUAAACCUGGAAAAAAAACCUCAGAGAAAUGUUAUAACAAAUAUUUGCUGCUCUUACCCAAAGAUGGUCUUAUAUUGUAUUUCUCAGUCUUUAGAAAAGUCCUGCGUAAAUCAUCACUUAUCUAAUUUUAUUUAUAUAUUAUUGACUCUUUGUUUAGCAGUUUUGAGCCAAGGAAAUACUUAUGCACGUACCAACCUCUGUCCCUUGCUUUUCCACAUGUAUUUGCAGUAGUUGUGGUGUAAAUGAAGGUUUUGUUUUGCCAUGUUUAGUGAACAGAGUUUUUCUUCACUUCUUCAUGCCAAAAUAACAACUGACUACCUACUGAAAUGCCUUUAACUUUUAAACAGGUACCACAGUUUUAAUACCAGAUGCAGUAUAUCAAAUAUGCAUUUUCCAUGUACUGUACCUAAACAAAUCUGUGUGAUAUUUUAUUAUAGCUGUUGUUCAAGACAUAGAUCUAUGGAAAAGACAUGACUAUAAAACACUAAUAAGGUAUAUGAAUUUUGGUAAAUAAGACACGGCUUUAUAUAAAUAAUGUAUAUAAAUGUAAACCUUUUAUAUUUGUGAUUCUAUUUACAGUAGCUUGUAAAGUGUAAAUAGCAGGGACAGUUUUAGAUUAGCAAUUAAAUAAUUGUAGAUGUUUUUA